ACCAGCUUCCUCCCAACAUCAGUAGCUCCACCUCUGAAGUUAGCUCCUCCCAAGACAAUGAAGUCGUUGUUCUUGAGAUGACGUUUAUGCCACUGCGUGAGCCACUGCAUACUCUCCGUAUAUGCCCCCCUCAAGUGAUUUUCAAGUCAACCUGGGAUGAUAGGCCAAGAUCAUGCUGUGGGUCUGAAACUCCUGAUUUUACUGAGAAAAUUACUCUUCCAAAGUUUGAGCAUCUUCCUCUUCCAGAGGACACUAUUGUUUCUCAACAAACCAUUAUUGUGGAAGUCUUCGACAUUGGUUCAAUGACCAUACAAGUACCGGACGCUUGGAAGGUUCAAGAUAUAUGUGAACACAUAAAACAUGAGCAUAAGGAAAAGAUUCAUGGAAAACGGAAAGUUUACAUACUGAAACAAAAUGGAAUUGUUCUAGAAAAUUCCAAGAAGCUUUCAGACUAUUCUAUCGAGAAUUGGGGAACCCUCAAGUUCGAGAAGCAGUAA